UUCCACUUGAAACGGAUCUCUACUGGCAUUACAGGGAUCUAAUAUCCUCCGUCGCAAUGAAGGGUGUGAGGACUAUUACAGCUUAUGCACUUGCUCUUUUACUUCUGGUAACGCUCGUCUCCCAUUCGUGGAGCGCACCGAAGGGCAGUUUCCAGAGGAGAAAUUGGUCACCUCAGGCAAUGCUGUACCUCAAGGGCACCCAGGGACGGCGGUUUAUCAGCGAGGACAGGAAAGAGGGAGACGUAUAUGACACAUUACAUUUAGAGACUCGGAGUCAAAACACAGAGAAACUCAGUGUGAACCAGGCAGCCACAGUCCUGCUCAAUUUCCUGCAGCAAGCCAAGGAGGAUGGAGAAGAAAAUCCUGAACAGCUGUACUUUCAAGACUUGCCGGCAUGGAAAAGAGAGUACUUCUGA